AUCACAACCUUCCAGGGAUCGUCUCCUAGAGAGGCCCCAGCACUAAGUGCAAAAGCCACUUCCACGCUUCCACCUCGCCAAAUCCAUCCACGUUUUUACAACCGGGUCGAUAAGCAACCCUGACGUCUGCAUAGUUAAACAGCAAGGAGAAUGACCUAACCGACAACUUUCCAAUCAGGACACGUGAGAUCUUUGGGUUUCUGAUAUUCUCGUACUCUCAUUUACUUUGAAAAUGGGGACGCUUUUUUUUAGGCGAGGGUGAGAAGGAAACCUUUGAGUCAUCCUAAAGGACUUCUUUCUUCAGCUUUUGCGGAACUCCCGUGCUGUGGGAGGCCGGCGUUUUCCUACAGAAGCUCCAGAGUGCAAUCCAGGUCUGCUUUCUCGGUAUUCACAACCUCCUCCCAAGGAGCCUUCUGAGUUGAACCGCCAGGUGGCGCAUCUCUCGAAGGGACUACGUCUCUGUCAUAAAUGCAGGGGUAGUUGCCUGGCAACCAAAAACUGGGCGUUCAAAACAAUUGGGACCCGGGAUCCUCUAGGAGCCAGGUUGUGCUGCGGCUGCGCUAAUCUCCUGGAACUAAUUCUGAGUCUAAGUAUGCCUCACUCUCAGGAAUCUUUCUCGCACCUUGCGUUAAGUGACGAAGACACACACUUGGGAAAUCUGCGGGCAUCUAAGAAACUGCCAUUUAAGAGCCCAACUCACCUUGCUCAGCAGCAGGAACCCUGGAAUCGGCUCAGCUCAACUUCCACAGUUACCUCCAUGAGGCGAGAUGCCUACUUUUUUGAUCCGAAGAUACCAAAGGAUGAUCUGGAUUUCCGCUUAGCCGCCUUGUAUGACCACCACACUGGGGCAUUCAAGAACAAAACUGAGAUACUGCUACACCAGGAGACCGUCCAGGAUAUCAGUGGACGCAAGAUCCAGUUUCCUGGAGAAUGUCCUCCGGCUCCCGUCACUUCCAGAGCUAACAUCAGACACUGGAUCAACCCUAAGAAAGAAUCCAUCCACAGCAUCCAGGGAUCCAUAGUGUCUCCUCACACUGCAGCCACCAACGGAGGUUACUCCCGGAAAAACGAUGGUGGCUUCUUCUCCACCUAGUGGUGACAACUGGGCUAGUUUCAUCAUGGUGGAACAUCCAGCUGUCCUUCUCCAUUAAAUAGCUUUGUUCAA